GGACGUAACGAUUGGUGGCACGUGUAGGUGUGGUCUUGACGUGCGUGCGUCGUGACGUAGUUUGGAGGGGAACGAGAGAAGGCUCGGGCUGAGAGUUGUGAGGUCGCCAUGUCAGCGAUGAGCGCUCAGACCGGCGGACGGAGAAGUAAAUGGGACCAGCCGGGCCCUGGAGGUGCCCCCCUCCUCCUCCUCCCGGGGGUGAUGCCGGUGAUACCGCCUGCGGGUGCCGCCAUGUACAUGCCACCCUCAGAGGAGACCAGCGAGGCGGUCAGUGCGCCCUCCGGGGCCCUCGACGCCGCCGCCGCUGUGGCUGCCAAGAUCAAUGCCAUGCUGAUGGCGAAGGGGAAGAUCAAGCCCGCCCAGGGCGCCCCGGACAAGGUCUCGGUAGGCGGGAAGCCGCCAUCUGCGACCAAAAGCAAAGACGACCUUGUGGUGGCCGAGGUGGAGAUCAAUGACGUGCCGCUGACCUGCCGGAACAUGCUGACCCGCGGGCAGACGCAGGACGAGAUCAGCCGGCUGAGCGGGGCUGCGGUGUCCACCAGGGGGCGCUACAUGACGCCGGAGGAGAAAAACAAAGUGGGGCCUGGAGAACGGCCGCUCUACCUGCACGUCCAGGGCCAGACCCGGGAGCUUGUGGACAGAGCCGUGAACCGGAUCAAGGAGAUCAUCACCAAUGGAGUCGUCAAAGCCGCCACCGGCUCCAGCCCGACCUUCAAUGGCGCCACUGUCACUGUGUAUCACCAGCCGGCCCCUGUGACACCGGCACCACCCGUGGCUUCUUCUAAGCCGCCGUUCCAGUCUGGGAUGCAUUACGUCCAGGACAAGCUGUUUGUGGGGCUGGAGCACGCCGUGGCCACGUUCAGCGUGAAGGAGAAGGUGGAGGGGCCGGGGUGCUCUUACCUUCAGCACAUCCAAAUAGAAACCGGAGCCAAAGUCUUCUUGAGAGGGAAGGGCUCGGGAUGCAUCGAGCCCGCUUCUGGGCGGGAAGCUUUCGAGCCCAUGUACAUCUAUAUCAGCCAUCCAAAGCCUGAAGGCCUGGCAGCGGCCAAGAAGUUGUGCGAGAAUCUCCUGCAGACGGUUCACGCGGAGUACUCGAGGUUCGUCAAUCAGAUCAGCUCGGUGGCCCCUCUGCCCGGAUAUGUCCAGCCACCCCCGUUAGGCGCUGUGCCCAUCCAGCAGCCGCCAUACUAUGCAGCAAAUGGCUACCAGAGCGGAUUUCCAGUGGUGUCACCCAUACCUCCUCAGCAACCAUUGCAAGUGCCAUAUGUGGUCCCUGCACCAGUCAGUGCCCCGGUGCCUCCUGUACCUGCUGUCAUGCCCACCAUGCCUGCCCUGGUACACCCUGUGCCUACACGUUAUCCAAUCGCACAAGUGCAGCCCCCGGUGACUGCCAUUCCAGCUCCUGUGGUUGGUCCAUAUGUUCCUCCUGCACCUCUGAAACCAUCCACCGCCCCUCAUCCGGCACCAUGCUUGCCCCUUCAAGGUCAGAAAAGGCGUUUUACAGAGGAGCUGCCUGAGGAGAAAGACUCGGGUCUGCUGGGAUACCAGCAUGGACCCAUUCAUAUGACUAAUUUAGGUACAGGCUUCCCGGGCCAGAACAAGAUGGACGCUCCUGCCGCUAAACCAGACCCCGCCCCCGGCAAGGACCGUGAGAGGGACAGGGUGACGUUUUCUGAGCGGUCUCCUGCCUCCCCCCGCAGGCAGCUGAUGCCCCCGCCAGGGUUUCCGUUGUCGCUGCAGAAGAGCCCAGAGGAGCGAGGGGGCGCGCGGAGCUCGGAAGGAGCAGACGAGACCCUCGCCAAGAAGCUAAAGGCUGACAGAACCUUCGGCCUGGUGUCGUACGCCGGAGACUCGUCGGAUGAGGAGGAGGAGCACGGAGGGCACAAGAGUUCAGGUUCCUUUUCUCCGGGGUGGAGCGGAGGGUUCCAGUAUCCCACCUCCCAGCCGCGGGCCAAACAACAGAUGCCUUUUUGGAUGGCUCCUUAGUGCGCUGGUUACCUGCCAGCCCCCAGUGACUUGUAGCAAUAAUUCGGCAUGUGCGCACACCACCCUUACUGGCCAGGCAGGAGCAGGUCGCGAGAUGCCUACGGGAUCCAUCUCUUCUCCCCAUGUUGUGAAGCUGGGCUCGUCCUUCCUCUGCAGAUUCUCGCUGUCCCUUGGCAUUUUGGGUUUUGCUGCAUCUCAUCCUUGUAAUAGACCGCGCCCCGCUCCUCUGACUGCUGGACCCCCCGCUAAUCCUGAGAGCGGGGGUCCUGCUCCCUUGUCUGGUGCAGCAGGCAGUGCUAGCGCCAUGUCUUCUCUGUGGUACAGAGUUCAGCGCUCCACAAUCAGAUCGGGGAACGGGGCCCCUGAUCCCAGCCGUCUUAGCAACCCAUCUCUUAGCAACAGGAUUGGCGCUAACUUAUAAACGUUGGCCAACCCUCUUAGGGUCCAUUCAAACGUCCGUGUGAAUGGUCCGCAAUUCUGGUAUGCUUUGCCAAAUAAUAGAACCUGUCCUAUUCUUGUCCGCAGUCGAGGACAAGAAUAGGCAUUUCUAUUGAUGCGCCGGGACUGCGCAACACUACGGCUGUGUGAAUGGACCCUUAAAGGGGUGGUACUGUCUAUCACAAUGACAUAUCCCUACCGUAUGCAUCACUUUGUGAUCAGUAGGGAACCAUCCCCUGGGACCCCCACUGAUUCUGAGAAAGAAGGGGCUGCAGCACUGACGAGAGUAGAGCGGUGUCCCCUUCAGUCUCAGGAUUGUGAAGGCCCCCACCAGCUUCCUCCUAUAUGAGGUGGGAUCGCCCCCUUUUUAAAGGGGUAAAUUAGUUAAUAAAAUCGCGUUUCCUUUUUUAUUUUUUAACCGUUGUCUGCCGUCUUCUGUCCUUAAAGAGGAAUGUAAGUCUGAUAGAGGAAAUCUCCUUCUUCGGGCCACGACUGGUGCUGGUUUACCUGUUGGACCCUUUCCUGCUAUAGACAAAGCCCCGAAAGACGGACGUGUCCUUAUGGGCCAGGCUUCCGUUAUGUAUCAUCUUCACUAGGAGAAUGGGGGGGGGGGGUCUGAUGAAAUCCGAGUGCCCCUAGAAGCAUCUGGUACUGUACGGACAGCUGGGUGGAGGGGAUGUUGGGAAAACACUCCCCGUUCUCGUAGACUCCUCUUCCUUGCUGUUAACCCCCCCCCCCCAAUACUUGCAUGUCCUCACAGUGCUCUGAUCUAUAUAAAGCGGAUCCCUCUGCGUCCACCUCCCGCCGCCUGUCCAUGCCGCUUUCUACCUUCAUGUCUUGUUUUGCUGUAAAUAUUGAAGAAAAAAUCUUAUUGUAAAUAAAUAUUAUUCAUA